AUUUUCUGCCCAUGUCCGCGAUCACUUGCAGGUUCUGUAUUUCACCUUGACGGAUCGUUCCCCUGCAUCUGCACCCUGUAACCAUGUCGGUCGGGACGAAGCACCCCCGCAGCGAAGGGGAAGAUCAAGACGUCCGCCUGGCCAAGAAAGCAAAGACGGACGAGAAUGCGCAAACCACGACCGACAGUGACCCUUCUGCGGUGAAGAUUGAGAAGAAGAAGAAGAAGAAAGAGAAGAGGGACAAAAAAGAGAAGAAGGAAAAGAGGGAUAAGAAGGAGAAAAAGGAAAAGAAAGCGAGGGAGGAUCAGUCCGAGGAGGAUAUCGGGGAGCAACAGAGUGGUGAUAGCGUUGAGGCGGAUUCCGAGGACAGGCCCGCGAAGAAGGAUAAGAAGAAGAAGAAAGAUAAGAAAGAUAAGAAGGACAAGAGGGAUGAAGAGACGUCUAAUGUCCCAGAAGAGUUGGCGCCGACCCCGACCGAGCAGAACGGAGGGUCCAAUGGCACCGAUGCCACGCCCAACAAGAGCCCAGUCCAGCGCAACGGGGCCACCUACACUUACCAGCAAACCGAGGCCCUUCAUGCCGUUCCGGAGACAGAGAUCCAGGAGUAUUUGAAGAAGCACGAAAUCUCCAUUUCCGACCCAUCCGACGCCAAGCUUCGCCCCGUCAUUCAGUUCUCGCACCUCCCCAGCUCGACCCUGCUCUCUAAGAACCCGUUCGCCUCCUUUACCGCCCCGACCCCGAUCCAGGCGGCCUCGUGGCCCUUUGCGCUCUCCGGUCGCGACGUCAUCGGGAUUGCCGAGACGGGUUCAGGCAAGACCAUGGCCUUCUCCCUGCCGUGCGUCGAGGCCCUCGCAUCCCGCCCGAGGCCGAAACAUUCCAAGGGCGGCAAGACAGCCUGCGCCCGCGCCGUGGUUGUGUCGCCGACCCGUGAGCUCGCCAUGCAGACGCACGCCGCCAUGUCGUCGCUGGCCUCGCUCGUCGGCCUGUCCGCCGUGUGCCUCUACGGCGGCGCGUCCAAAGACGAGCAGCGCGCGCUGCUGCGCAAGAACAGCGGAGCCGACAUCAUCGUCGCGACACCUGGGCGGUUGAAGGACUUCCUCUCGGAGGGCUGCGUAUCGCUGUCCGACGUCAUGUUCGCCGUGCUCGACGAAGCUGACCGCAUGCUCGACAAGGGCUUCGAGGAGGAUAUCAAGCUCAUUCUCGGCAGCUGCCCGCCGCGUGAGAAGCGCCAGACGCUCAUGUUCACGGCCACGUGGCCGAUGAGCGUGCGCGGGCUUGCCGAGGGCUUCAUGGUCGACCCCGUCAAGGUGACCAUUGGCAACCGUACCCGCGCGGGCGACGAGAACGGAGGGGGCAGCGGGUCGACCGAGCUGCAGGCCAACACCCGCAUCGAGCAGAAGGUCGAGGUGGUCGAUCCCAAUGCUAAGGAGCAGCGGCUUCUCGAGUUGCUCAGGGAGGCGCAGAAGGGGAGCGGCAAGAACGACAGGAUAUUGGUCUUCUGCCUCUACAAGAAGGAGGCUGUCCGCGUGGAGCAGUUCUUGGAGAGGAAGGGCAUCCGGGUGGCGAGCAUCCACGGCGACCUGCGGCAAGAUCAGCGGACGCGCAGCCUUGAGGCGUUCAAGUCCGGCAAGACGACCGUCUUGGUUGCGACCGAUGUUGCCGCGCGUGGCCUAGAUAUUCCCGAGGUCAAGCUGGUCAUCAAUGUUACGUUCCCUCUCACCAUUGAAGACUAUGUCCAUCGCAUUGGGCGAACCGGGCGAGCCGGCAGAUCCGGCAAGGCCAUUACCCUGUUCACCCAGCACGAUAAGGCGCACUCUGGCUCGUAAGUACCAUACCGUACUUGUCAAACCUCGCGCUUGUUCCAGUACUAACUUCUUAC